AUGUUCUUCGAGAAGGAACAUUGGUGCUACAUCAAGACCCUUGCUGGCCUUGAAAUAGGGACAUUCUACAUGGAACUGAGAAGAUUCCAUGGACAGAGUUCAGGAGAUGCUGAUAUGCCUUUCAACUUCGACAUAUGUGUACUCUCCGGGGAGAUCCAAUAUCGGUAUAUAAGCAUCGCUCGAUACCGCAUCUCACCUCACUUGACCUUUUGGUCAGUCUGCCCACCCGAAAUACGCCUCGGCGCCCAAGGCACUGAUUGA